UGUUGUCUUUCCUACGUCUUUGCCACGCUGUCUGAAGUCGGAAGGGCACUGAGUUUUAUUUAUUUUUUUAUCUUCUUAAUACGACUUACUAAUACGUGAAAUGUAGUUUAUAUAUUAGUGCGCUGUGUUCCUUAAUAAAAAUUAUGUCUGUGAGCUUUGCGUUUGGAAAGGUUUAGUUUGAUGUCUCGUUCUCAAAGGAAAUGUGGUAUAUUUUGGAGAAAUAAAAAUACACGCGGAGCAAAAAACUUAUUGUACAUUGAAACUACGCAUUGAUUCUUGUACGGCGUUAAGCAGGAUGGCAAAAGCACCGAGUUUGAGUAAUAAAAUAAUGUUUGUAUGUCGCAGAUGUCCCGUUAUCUAAGCGUGGUCGCUCUUCUUUCACACUCACAUUUUAGCGUGCUUUUCUCACAUCUGUGAGCAACAUACGAUGCUUAAUUCUUGCUUUAGACAUGACAUUAUUUGUCAUUGAAGGGACUUUGCUGUAUAAGUGUCGAGUCGAGAUUUUGACUGUUUCAUGGAGAAUGUAUAGAUUUUAUGGCUAAUUUGAUGGCGGAAGCAUUGUUAUUCCACAAGGCGGUCUGAACUUUGAGUGACAGCAGUUGUCGUCCAAUAGGAUUCGCGCUCUGUUCGAAAUCUUACACCAGGCCAAUAGACUUGUUCGAUUCUUGGGGCGUUGAUAAGACGGGCGGCCAAUCGGAUUCGGGGCGGUGAUUGAGUGGCAGGAAGCUCUGAGAGCGUCUUCAGAAAGAACUGGAGGGAAAUCACUGACGACUGUAAACACGGAAGUGAAGAGGGACAGCACUACUUUUCUCUGGACCGCUAUUUUAGUGAGAGCAAAUAGUACCACCGUAUUCAAUCUCCCGUGUGAACUGAAAACGAUUUUGCUGAGUUAUUGUUAAAAAAUAUUAUUUGAGUGAAUAAGACCGUGAUUGGUUCAGCCAUUUAACACUUGCUGUAGUUUUUAAAUUUUUUUACAUUCAAGAACACAAUUAUUCAUAGUUUAUAUAUACGUUGCGUAGUCUGCUUAUUUUAGUUUUUAGGUUUUGGCUUCAGUUUAGACUUUUUUUUUAUUUGUAAGAUUUGAUAUUACUAAACUAAAUAUACGAUAUAAAAAUUCAUGGGUCUCAAGAAGUUUAUUCAAAUCUUAGCAGGUCCCUUAACUGUAUUUACAAGAUUUGUAAGACUUAAGAGACAUAAUAAUGGGAAAUGCUUAAACACACAAUUAAUUCCUUAAGCAGUAGUGCUUGUUUUAAAACAUUCUCAUUUUUUGGAUGGUUGAGAGGAAACAUAUGGUGACUUUUUUGCCUUUUCAGUCUUGUCUGUAUGCCAAACCAUUGCAUUUUUAGAUAUAGGCUUCAGAUUUGUAUCCUGAAUCCAAGGGCAGAUCUCUAAUAAUACAGGAGCAAAAUGCAGGCCGGGUCACCCAUUCUAGAGGACACCAUGUGUAUGUGUUUAUGACUGCCACUGCCUAAAGAUAGCCCCUGUGUGCAGCAAUGGACACACUUACCCAAACAUGGGCAGGGUCAGGUUGUAAUAGAAGUGCAUUGACAGCUUGGAUAGACCGGCACAGGUGCUAGUGGCUGUGUAUGUUCUUCAAACAGACAGGGCUGGAGCGAGGAGGAUGAUCUGCCUAUAUGCUUGAAUCGCUUGUCUGAGAUCAGUCCCUCAGCACCUGUUGCUGAAUAAGAACCUCCAUGAAGUUUCUUGACAAUUUGCAAAUGCAGGAUCUCAGCAGUUCAUGGGUUGCAACUUGAACAUAAGAGCCCAGAUCCAUAAUAACAAGGCUACUACCAUUGAUUCAGAUCGAGUCAGGUGGGGUGGUUACUGUGCUCAGUGACAUCUUCAGUACCACACCGCUUCAUGUGAGACACUUUUUCUUGCAGAGAGCCGUUAUGGAGUUAUGCAAGCUACGCAUCGGUAAAUGAACUUAUAAAUGCACAUUCGGUGGCAUCACCUCCUAUCCUGAAUAGUUCUGCGAGAGAAUAAUUAACACCUUCCUCUGUUGGGAAUCACAUUCUCUGCUUCUCAAAUGUGCAUUUGCAACAUUUGAAUAAUACUGUUGUGCUUUCACAUUUGUUUAUGCUGGUUAUUUUGAGAGGCCCAUUAAUUCACAGGAGGUCUGUGUAAAGAGACUCAUUCUCGGAGGGCUUCUGCUGUCAAUACUGCCUGUUGGGGGUUGAAUAUGUCAGCUGUCAGGUAGCUUGUUUAUGAAUGAGAAGUGUAGAACUCGUAAGUACAAUAUGAAAAUGACAAUCACACAUGGCGGAUGUCAACAAACAAGCCUAAAGGCAGUUAUUUAAAAAAGUCUCUCUCUUUGGCAGCCUAUUUAUUCAUUUUUAAUAUACAAUUUUUCUGUGAGCUUCCUUUUGAUUUAGUAAACAGCUAUCACUACACUUUUAAUGCGCAAUUCUUCUCGUCACCCAUGCUAAAACACGUUCUUCACUCUGUGGGAUUCAACUAGGGACGUCAAAUUUCAGACAUUUUCAUAAUCGAUUGUUGAUUAACAAUCGAUUAAUUGUUAACAUUAAUAUCGCACGUGGGGGACUCCAAAUAAUAUGUGCUUGUAGCUUACUGUUUAUAUAAUAUAAAUAAAUAACCUUAAAAAAUGCAAGUAUUGGCAGUUUCUUAAAAUAUUCUUCAGUGUAUUUUAAUACAUUUAGGCUAUGUUUAGUACAAAUUUGUGAAUUGUUUAAUUACUAUUAUUGAGUUACUGUUAAAAAUAACUGAAGAUAUAUAACUGAGUUUAUUAAAACUUCACAUUGUGGAUCGUGGGAUAUUUUGGACCUUUUGGAUUUUUUUAUGGAAAUUAAGUGAAAUAAUAAAACGGCGUGUAAAUACGGUACAUAACAUACCGCUUCUCCGGUGAUGGUGAGAUGUCAGCUGAAUGUGCCUUCGCGGCGAUCGCUGGCGUAAUUGUAGGUUGGGUUGAAACAAGGAGAUCAACCGUGCUUGUUGUCAUGUUGUGCUUUAACACACUAUCAUGGUGUGUGCAGAAAACAAAUGUUAAUUUAUAGAGAAACACUCCAACACUGUUUACAUUGAGCCCGAUUCAUCUCUGAUCUGUGCGUCUUUUGGCUCUUCUUCCUUGAACCGGAGAAGACAUGACAUGCAGUGCCAAGCGCCCUCUAGAAGCUGGUGACUGUAUAGACAGCCUUAACUAUGUCUGCUGUCAUGAUUACUGAACACAUUUGUCCAGAAAUGAAUUCAUCGACUAUCGAUAAGCUUAAUCGAUCAAAUUGUUAACGACAAAUAAUCUAUUUUCUAUUAAUCAUUAACAUCCCUAGAUUCAACCUGUUCAAUUUAGAUUGGGGAUGUGCACGAUUAAUCGAGUACUCGUUCAGCUUUAAAUAUUUGACUAGUAAACUCACUACUUGAAUAUUGCAAUUUGACUUUCCUUUGUGCCUUUGCCUGUGGUGGGCAACAAUAAAAACACUUCUCUCACCUCAAUCUUGCCAUUACAGUCUUUGGAAGCUUCAGUUCAUGGCUCUAAUGUGCAGUGUUCAGAUAAAACCAUUGAGGCUGCUGAAGCUCUUCUACACAUGGACUCUCCCUCCAGUUUACGUGGAGACUGGAGCCCAGAAGUGUUUGUGCCUCCGUGUGUCAACACCUCUGAGUUCUUGCACGCUGCCAUGCGACCUGACGUGCUGACAGAGACGGUGGUGGAGGUCAGCACAGAGGAUUCAGAGCCUAUGGAGAUGGUUACAGUUAUACAGGAACCUGAGGUGAUGGAGACAGAACCCACCAAGAGAAGAAAAUCUGGGCGGAAACCCAAACCCCAUCACAUUUCAAAUGGAUCUCCUGAUCUAGGCAUCAAGAAAAAGUCUAGAGAAGGGAAAGGAAGUACAUACCUGUGGGAGUUCCUGUUGGACCUGCUGCAGGAUAAGAACACCUGUCCCAGAUAUAUUAAGUGGACACAGAGAGAGAAGGGAAUCUUUAAACUGGUGGACUCUAAAGCUGUGUCAAAACUCUGGGGAAAACACAAGAACAAACCAGACAUGAACUAUGAAACCAUGGGCAGAGCGCUCAGGUAUUACUAUCAGAGAGGUAUCUUGGCCAAAGUAGAAGGUCAGAGGUUGGUGUACCAGUUUAAGGAAAUGCCUAAAGACAUUAUCAUCAUUGAUGAUGAUAAGUGCGACCCUGGUGAUGACCUGAGCGGAGAGAAUACCUACGAGCGUGUCCCUCCUCCUUCUGAAUCUCUGUUGACGGCUGACUUCUCCAAAACCCCUGCCAUCUUGAGAGGGGGCAGUAGGACUGUGGUCCACCCGGGCUCACCAAAAGCUAAAGCUCCGCUCAUGGCAACUCCUGUUCAACGCAUUGUAACGAUCUCCACGACAACAGAUUCAUCACAGCCGUCCCAUGCCACCAUCAUCUCUAAUGCCAGUGCUCCCAGGACUGUGCGGGUUGCUAUGCAAGUGCCGGUUGUCAUGACGAACUCCUUGGGUCAGAAGAUCUCCACGGUGGCUGUGCAGUCUGCAAACCCUUCGCUUUUCACCACAGCGCCCACAAACACUGGCACAGGACCUGGUGCAAAUGCACCCAAAGUCUUGAUCCAGACCAUGCCAACGAUGGUGCCUGCCACAGCAGAGAACGGUGAUAAGAUCACAGUCCAGCUCGCCAAGAUAAUCACUAUCCCUGCUACCCAUCUUGCGCAGUGCCAGCUACAUGCCAAACCUGGCACCCCUACGGGCAUCAAUCUGUUGGGCGCUCCCCUUGCCGUCCGGGCCAUCACACCCAUGUCUGUGGCGCCAGGAACGCAGGUGGUGCGGCUGGCAGUGCCAGCCCAGCAGAGUCCAGCUCAGGCGAAAACGCAGGUCCCGAUUUCAAUGCAGACGCAAGCGCAACUCCCAGUCUCUGUUCAAACUGCGUCCAAUCCAGUUUCAAUCCAGAGUCCAACGCAGGUCACGGUACCUGCUUCAGUUUCUGCCCAGAAUCCAGUGUCAGUUCCAGUUUCUGUUCAGAGACAGGUCCCAGUUCAGUUCCAGAUUCAACAGAGCACUGUCCAAAACUCUGAAUCAAAACCAGACAGUACUUCAGAACAAGUGAUCAUGGUCCAGUUGAGACCUGAGCAGGAAAAUCCAAUACAGGAAGUAAUAGAGGUGGUAGAGGAGGGUUCAAAACCACAGUCGGAAGCAGCGGAGAGCUGAAGAGUAAAGCAGUUUUGUCAGUCAUAACCAAUAAUAAAUGUACACACACAGACAUCUACCAUCCUCAGAUACUAUUCAAUAGUAUUUUUAACUCAUUUUUGGCAACAUGACCAUAUUGAAGAUUUCUAUUGACUUGUACAGUUUGAGUUCAAAUGUGGUUUCAUAUUUGACACCAUCACGCAAAGACACAAAACGCAAUGUGGCAUAGACUCAGCCUGUAUCAGUGCCACAAUUCUUACAUCAUGUGGAUAAAAUCUGCAUACACAUCAAACAAUUACUGGAUAUCCAUCAUUUCAAUUACAAGUUGUUAAGGGGACCAAUGUAAAGAACACUACAAUGUACAUUCUCUGUGUAUUUUUUUUAAUUAUUUUUAAAUCAACUGACACUAACAAGUGUUUAACAAUACUAAAGAGUGAGUAGUCGAGAAGUAGUGGAGUUGAAAAGCAAAUGUGAACUUUUGAGGGAGGAUAAAUUCAACUUUUUAUAAUUGUAUAGAGUUUUUUUUAUUUUAUGUUACAAUUGCAAGGGAAAACCAGCAAUUUCUUUUGACGAUCAGCGCACGCUUCUGCCUGUGUGGCUGUUUUACAGGAAAUUCAAAAUUGAUUUUCCCUCUGCCUCUACUAAGAGAAGAAAAAAUGACUUUUGUAUAUAUGAAUUAUACAGUUUACUGAAUGUAUAAACAAUGCAGCCUUAGAACAGUUUAAUUUUUGUUCUUGUUGUUUUUCUUUUUCUAAGUCAAACUUAUUAAGCUUUUGUGUUAAGCUCAUGUUUUUUUUUUUUUUUUCCACACCUUGUACCAAGCACAGUAUUGUUGGCAACCAAACUUCUAUUAUCAAAUCCUGGAUAGAUGAAAGAAAUGCAGACCGUACAAUUUGGGUCAAUGGUGUAAUCAAGUCCAUGUCCACUAUAUGAGACUGGACAUCUUGAAUAAUACCAAUUUGUUGUCACAGAAGUACAGUUUAAGAAAAAGGUCAAUCCUCAUUGCAAAUACAAACUUUUCUUGCGAUUUGUUUUCUUUUGCGAUUCGCUUUUUAUUAGUCUUUAAAUAGGGAGAACAUGUUUGUCUUCAAAAUAAUCUAGUUUGUAUAUUCAACAUUAAGUAUAUUCUAUUUUGUUAUACUCUUGUUUAAACGUGUACUCAAGUAGAUUUUACUCCAAUAUAAAAACUGUCACGAAUGA